AUGGAAAGAAUCGAGGACAAGGAAUACGUCGUUCUUGUUGCAGGUGCGUUAACGUUUUAUCAUCAUUCAAAUAUUUUGAUCGCGAUCGGUCUAGAGAUCAUUGCAUCGCCCAAAUUAAGCAUGCAACAACUUAUUAACAGCUUAAGCAACAACGACGGUGACGACCACGAGGGCGUCACUUAUGAAGUUGCGCUGCCUAGUCAAACUUUGUUGCGCUUAUUGCCUCAGUUUCAACUCGCCAAAUGUUGGAGGUUUUUUUCUGGAGUUGAAUUCCAAAAACCUGCAUCGAAGUUCAGGAAAAGAAAAAGCAAGUCGGUGUCUUUCGUCCUCCACAAAACCGGUGAACAUAAGCAUUUUCACGUCGUAGUAGUGUAGUGAUGGUAAAGAAAUGUACAAAAAAGCGUGAUGCACUUGCAAAGUUGUUGUUUUGCCAAUCUAAACCUAUUGCAUUUUGCCGUUCUCGUUGACGUUGCCGUCGUCGUUGCUUAAGCUCUCUACUUGUUUCAUACUGUUGACAGCAUACCAGCAUAGGACUUUAAUAUGCCCUAACUAUCGAAACAAUUUUUCCAGAAGUUUAAUAAUAUUGAGGAUUGGAACAAAAAGACAAAAUUAGGCUAAUAGUGUAACAUCAUUAAGGUUCAAAUUUCAUUUUUUAUUGAAAAAAGGAAAGUGCAGCAUGCAUACAAUCCCAUCAACAUGAACUUUCACCGGACUGAAAAUAUUGAUUGACUUGAAAAAUAACCAACUCCACAGUAUGUUUGCAAUAAUGCUUCUGUUUUAAAAAUUAAACAACUGAAAGUGAAUAUUUCUAGACAAUGCCAAAUUUUGCUAUGGUUAAUCAUUUCCAUUACAAGAAGAAGUUAACAAAAUGAAAAAGAAAAUAACAAACCAUGAACAUAACUCACUCUUCUCUAUUUUAAGUCCACGUUUCUCAAUUCUUUACCAAACGUUGGGAUAUCUAGUACCUAGCCACUUUGAAAUGGGCAUCUCGCUGACAUUUCUUCGCCAGCAGUCAAAGCAACGUGUACGAAAAAUGCUUCGCGUCAGCUUGCUUUAUUUGAUUUACAAACCUCGGCAGAUGCAUCUCUUAUGAAAUGGGGAGCUGUUUUUCAAGAUCAUUCUUCAGGAGGUCGUUGGGCUCCUGAUGAAGCUAGUCAGUGCAUUAAUUGUCUUGAACUGAAAGCAGUUUACCUAGGAUUACAAUCCUUUUGUCAAAAUUUGUCACAGGCUCACAUGAGAAUUUUUAUUGAUAACACCACUGCAGUCGCUUCCAUAAAUAACAUGGGUGGCACUCAUUCCCUUGAACGUAAUCACAUUGCUAGAAGAUUUGGUUGUGGUGUCUUGAACGCGAUCUUUGCAUUUCUGCUGCACAUUUGCCUGGAUCGAAAAUCCAAUUUAGCAGCCGAUAAAGCUUCUCGAAUUUUUCAUGAUCGCACAGAAUGGAAGUUGGACCCUAACAUUUACUUCUCACUUUACACAAGUAUUUGUGGUCCCAUCUAUUGAUUUGUUUGCUUCCAGGCUGAAUUUUCAGACAAAGCCCUACAUAGCCUGGCACCCUGACCCUGGUGCAUUUGCCAUUGAUGCCUUUUCUGUUAGUUGGAGGAAACAUUUUUUUUUUUACAUUCUCAUUGAUAGGGUUCUACAGAAGGUGGAAGCCGACGAAGCCUCCGGGAUAUUAACUGUGCCACAAUGAACAACUCAGCGUCAGUUUCCAGUUCUGAUGGGCCUUCUUGUUCGGGAACCUCUUGCUCUGCGUCGGGAAAAGAACGUCCUCCAAAUGCCAUACAACCUCAGUCAUAUCCAUCCACUUCACCAGAGGUUGACCCUGGUGGUUUGCAAAUUGUCAGGAUGUCAUUACAAAGUUAA